CCGUGUCCGUCGUCAGUCGGUGUUUGAAGCAGCUACCGGAGCUUCCUCCCGAACCGGGACCCUUGAUACCCAAACCGGGUCCCGCCUACCGGUGAGAACGGAGCCGGUGUGAUCCGCGUCUCCUGCCUUCCGGCUCCACACGUGACAGCGGGAUGCCGACGGCUCGUGGACACGAAACCGACAACAGAGCGUGAAGCAUCAUGGGAGUUGGCAGAUGCACGAGUCGGCAGCGGGUCAAUCAGAUCCUGUGACACACACACACACACCAUGGAACAAGGCUUCUGCUUAAAUACGCUAAAGAAGCUGGCGGCCGAGCCUGACUACACCGACGUGUCGCUCGCGGCGGCGGAGCGGGUGCGUGCACUGGCGAAGAUGGGAGGCCGCGUGGAGGUGCAGGAGGACAUCGCCCCCAGGCGCUACUUCCGCUCCGGGGUGGAGAUGGAGCGCAUGGCGGCGGUCUACCUGGAGGAGGGUAGCCUGGAGAACGCCUAUGUGCUCUACACAAAGUUCAUCACUCUGUUCGUAGAGAAGCUUCCUGCUCACAGAGACUACCAGCACUGCAGCCUGCCAGAGAAGCAGCUCAUCAUGAAGAAACUUCAAGAAGUGGCAUUUCCUCGUAAAGACGAUUUGAAGAAACGUCUUCAGGAGAAAUACAGCAGGGAACACACGGAGUACCUUAGAGCCCAGAGCCAGGCGUCGGUGGAGGUGGACAUAAGCAGUCAGCAGAUGCAGCGUCUGUCCUUAUUGAGCGAGGACAGGAGGCGCUGCCUGCUAUUGGAAGAGGAGCGGCAGCGUGUCGCCGCCCUGCGACGCAUGCAGAUCGAAUCUGAGCAGUUCCGCUACUUCGAGGACCAGCUGAGGCGUCAGGAUCUGGCCAAUAGGAAAGCGGAGGAGGAGCAGCGUAAGGUCGAUAUCAAAGGGCCUGAGGUGAUGGAUGGCUAUUGUCUUUCCCGGCAGCCAAUCAGAGACCGCGAACAAUCUCAGGGGGCGGACCUCAACAGUAUGAGACUGCCAGUGUCCAUCAGCCACCCAGCUGCCACGUUGGCCGGCGUACACA